AUGGUCAUAAAGCAUGCAGACCACCCGUUCAACAUAUGCAAAAAGCCAGACGAGUCUCUACGAGACUACCUAACACGGUUUAAGGUUGAGAAAGCUAACAUCAUAGGAUGCAAUGACCAAGUUGCAUCCUCAUCUUUCAAGAAGGGCUUGCCAACCGAGCACGAGCUAUACCGGGAGCUAGCCAUAACUCCAAGCCAAACCUUGAGGGAAGUGUUCGCGAGGGCAGAGCGCUACCCACUUUGGGAAGAUGAUCGUAUCACCGCGAAGAAAGCCAGCAAGCAAAUUGACCACCCGACGAAGCAGGCAAGCCAAAAGAGCAACAAGUUCGAGCAGAAAGCCCGAGAUAAACGCAGAUGGCGAUCCCAAGAAGGAGGCUCAGAAACAGGGACCUUUACUGACUUCGUUAUCCCAAUCCACCAGAUCCUAGCACAAGUGAAGGACAAGCCGUGGGUGAGAAGACGGCCACCCAUGAGGGGAGACCCCUCUAAGAGGGACACCAGUAAAUACUGCGCAUUCCACGGGGAGUACGAUCAUUACACCAACAACUGCAAUUCCGAGCUGACCACCAAGGAGCGCAAGAGAAAGAUCGGGCAAGCGACUUAUGUCUCUCAAGUCACAACAGGAGUACUAGUCACUAUGGAUACACCCAUUAUCGGCUUCCAUAAGAAGGACUUGAUCAGGCUUGAUUUGCCGCAUAAUGAUGCCCUAGUCAUCUGCAUCCAAAUUGAACAACCUGAGAUCGAGCGAGUUCACGUAGAUGAGGGCAGCACAGCCAACAUCCUACAACUAUCUGUUAUCCAACAAAUAGGAUUAGAGCCCAAGAUUAGCAAACUUGCCAGAUCGCUCACCGGCUUCAAUGGGGCCACGUCAAUCACUAUUGGAACGAUCGACCUUGAAAUCCACUCACCCCCAGUGGAUCAAGGCGAGGGAAUCCGCUCGGAAGAUUCCCCUGAAAAGGGUUGGAAGUCUGAGGAUGACGUCGAGUUAGUACCCCCUGAUCCUGGCCAGCUAGACAAAGAAGCACGGACCGGCUUGCGCCAAAAUCCAAACAAGAAGGAUCAAGACGAGGGAAUCCGCCCAGAAGGCUCUCUUGAAAAAGGUUGGAAGCCUGAAGAAGACGUUGAGUUUGUACCCCUCGAUCCUGAUCAGCCAGACAAGAAAACGCGGAUCGGCUCGCGCCUAAGCCCAGACAAGAAAGUGGAGCUUACCACCUUCCUCCAGAACAACAAAGACAUGUUUCACAUGGUCGCCAUCUGA